AUGGCGUCGAGUCUUCGUCUGGUAUCCUCGCGGAUCCCUAGGUCUAGUUCCAGAUUUUCUUCUUUCCAGUCCACUUUGGGCCGACGAAAUGUCCACCAAGUCAGGGAGCUGCCAUACCCCAUAGAACAAGGACUUGGAAAGUUCUUGCCCCCUGCCGCUCUCAAAACACUGAUGGAGUAUCAGAAAGGCCUCUUGGACCGCUUGAAUGACGAACUAAAGACUGAUACCGCGACAGAGCCUCAUGCAACUGUCGCCGCUAUCACUAUCAACUGUGCUACUCGACGUGAACGUAUAUUAGCGUUCAACUAUGGCGCAUUGGCGCUGAAUAACAGCUUCUUCUUGGAACAACUCGCGCCUCCUCCAGACGAAGAAAGCGGGCUCAAAUCUCAUCAAGGCUAUAUCUCAGACGAGCUUUUUGAGAAAAUCCGCGAUCAUUACGGAGACAUCAUCGGGCUCAAAUCCACCUUCUGCGCCUCAGCGCUGGGUAUGUUCAGCAGCGGGUGGGUUUGGAUGGUGACAGACGGCGAGGGAAACCUCGGUGUUCUGCCCACCCUUGGCCCCUCAACGCUGCUCGUCAGGUCGCGCACCAACAUGCACUACCUGUCGAAGGAGAAUAACCAAGCCAUUGGUGCAAACAUCAUCAUUAAGGACUCCCAGAACACUACCCCGCGACCUAUCCCUUCCCUGCCAGGUGCUGGGCCCUCGUCGCCAUUUUCUGGAAUGCCUACUCAGCCACCUAGCCAGGGGCUCUUCUCGGACCACACCCGUGCAUUCAGUGCCAACAGCGCCCAAGCGAAUGAUUACCGCUCUGGUACCGCGACAAUGUACGGCGACAGCCCCAGCGAAUCCGCUGUUAGAGGCAGCAAUAUCCCAUCCGCCCUUGCUGUUGGAAAUGUGAUCUUCCCGCUGUUCUGCGUCCCUGUGUACGAGCACGCAUGGAUGAGUGCUGGAUUUGGUGUAUGGGGCAAGGAGGAUUGGUUAAAGGAGUUCUGGUCAGUGCUCGACUGGAGAAAAGUAAGCAGGGCAUACCGCGCUUCUAGGGAGUCGACGAUCAACGUCCACGGAUAA